GACGGGCAGCUUAUGGCUCCAUGCUGUACUCACUAGCAUCAUGAUUACAUGUACUACAUGCAUUACUAGCACAAGGCGAGGGCAGGAAAAUGUCUCAUUUAGACACCUCUCGCUGCUUCUAUCCAUCAUGGCCUGUGGACAGAGCCCAGUCAGUGUCAGGUCACUCACAUAGUCAGCUGCCUGUGCCCAGAAGGUGCCAGGAGGAUGAGUGGCAGAAUGGUCAAGACCCAGCCGGGGGCUGAGCAAGGGUCUUCCAGAGUCAUCGCUGUCGUCUUCUUGGUUCUGCUCGUCGACCUCCUGGGAUUCACCCUUAUCUUACCGCUCUUGCCUUCCAUAUUGGAUCAUUACAGCAAGUCUAAUGACAGCCUAUAUCAGACAUUACAGCACUCCGUGGACUGGUUUGCUGGAACUGUUGGAGUUCCUCAUGAUAGAAAAUAUAACAGCGUUCUCUUUGGAGGUCUUAUCGGAUCCAUAUUCUCCAUGCUGCAGUUUGUCUGCUCCCCGCUUACCGGAGCAGCCUCGGAUUAUUUAGGGCGACGGCGAGUCAUGAUGAUGACUGCGGUCGGGUUAAUUGCGUCCUAUGCUUUAUGGGCAAUCUCGAGAAGUUUUGGAGUGUUCCUGAUAUCCCGUAUUAUUUUAGGAUUUAGCAAAGGAAACGUCAGUCUAUGCACAGCUAUAAUCGCCGACCUUCCCUCCCCUGGAAAUCGCAGUAAGGGCAUGGCAGUGAUCGGUAUUGCUUUUUCACUGGGCUUCACCGUAGGGCCUAUGGUUGGAGCUUACUAUGCAACACACGUGGCCAGCGGAGAGCUCUUCUAUGUCAGGCCCGCCCUGAUCGCCCUCUUCCUCGCUGUUAUUGAUCUGGUAUUCAUCUUUUUACUCCUUCCAGAGACGCUUCCCAAGGAGAACAGGGUCUCCUCCAUGAUGGUCGGCUUUCAGGCGGCUUCAGACCUGCUCAGUCCCUUCUCCUUGUUUCGAUUCUCAGCCGUAACCAGAAGACAGGACUCUCCUUCUCGUGAAAGUCUGAAGAGCCUCCGAGCCCUGGGUCUGGUCUACUUCCUUUACCUCUUCUUAUUUUCCGGCCUCGAGUACAGCAUCAGCUUCCUCACCCACCAGCGCUUCCAGUUCAACAGCAUGCAGCAGGGGAAGAUGUUUUUCUUCAUCGGAAUGACCAUGGCGUUGAUCCAGGGCGGAUACGCUAGAAGAAUCAAGCCAGGAAAUGAAGUGAAAGCUGUGAAAAGGGCCAUUACUCUGCUGAUCCCGGCAUUCCUGCUGAUUGGAUGGGCAAGCAGCCUCGUCAUGCUGGGCCUUGGACUUCUUCUCUAUUCUUUUGCUGCAGCUAUUGUUGUUCCAUGUUUAUCCUCAUUGGUGUCAACAUAUGGCUCGGCCAGCCAGAAAGGCACGGUGAUGGGAAUCCUGCGGAGUCUGGGGGCUCUGGCGAGGGCUGUGGGACCUGUCUUAUCAGCGACAUUAUACUGGCUGACCGGAGCUGGAACCUGCUUCACGAUCUGCGCCGUGGCCUUCCUGAUCCCCCUGCUUUAUCUCAAGAGGGUAAAAGUGGACAGAAAAGAGGAAUGAGAGUACCCUGUGAGGACGACGAUGGGAACAUUACUGCACUGUAGAGGCACCGGGUGUGUCCUUUCUUAAACACUUGAAUUUAUUCUGGGUUCUUUUAAAAAGGUUUUUAUUAUGUAUAUAUAGGUUUCUUUUAAACAAUGUGUAUAAGUUGCUGGAUUUACAGCUGUCCCAAGCAAUGUUAUGUGAACAGGCCAUACCCUCUGAAUGAGCAAUGGUUCCCAGCAGAUGGCACCCACCCUCCAUUACUUCUUCAGGGGAAUAGGUGCUGGAAAAUUAAUAAGUGUAACUAAUGGGGAAAACCCCAAAACUGAAGUCAUUUCUGUGUGCCUUAGCAAUGUUCCUGGCUGACCAUGAUGGUAAUAAGCACUGCCCUCACCCGAAUACACCAUAGAUUAAUGAUCUUUACACCAGCACUACCCCUAUGUACUAAGCUUUGGAGAGAGAUAAAGUA